UGGUUCGGUGAUGAAGCAGAGCAACCUAUGCUCACACGUGCGAACAAAAGGCUUUUCACACGAGACCUCGCUUCCGUUAUUUUCCAGACUCUCCACCUUCGAUCUAUAGAUCUUCUUCUUCACCACCGGAGAGCUCAGCCGUCGCACUGAAUCAAAUCAACCGAGAAAGCAAUCUCUAGAUCUGUCAUCUCCUUGACAUCUUCUUCCAGAGAUGUACAAUAACAUGGGACCUCAGCCUGGGAUGCCUAUGCCUCAGGCAGUUCCUCAGCCUAACCCCUUUGGGAAUGCCUUCUCUGGUCCUGGCUCUGGACUUAUCAGAAGUGGCUUGGGAGCUUAUGGGGAGAAGAUUUUCGGAUCCAGCUCUGAGUAUGUGCAGAGCAACAUAACUCGUUACUUCUCCGAUCCUCAAUACUAUUUUCAAGUGAAUGACCAAUAUGUGAGGAACAAGUUGAAGAUUGUUCUACUUCCUUUCCUUCACAGGGGACACUGGACUAGAAUCUCAGAGCCAGUUGGGGGUAGACUUUCAUACAAGCCUCCGAUAUAUGAUAUUAAUGCACCAGACUUAUACAUUCCGCUUAUGGCAUUCGGCACAUACGUUGUUCUUGCUGGUUUGUCACUAGGACUCUAUGGGAAGUUUUCUCCGGAAGCUCUGAACUGGCUUUUUGUGAAAGGAAUGGUUGGCUGGUUUUUGCAAGUCAUGCUGCUGAAGAUAACAUUGCUUUCAUUGGGUAGCGGCGAAGCACCCCUCUUGGAUAUUGUGGCGUAUGCUGGCUAUACUUUCACGGGUCUCUGCUUAGCUGUUCUUGGCAAGAUCAUCUGGGGAUACUCUUACUAUGCUCUCCUUCCGUGGACCUGCUUGUGCAGCGGGGUUUUCCUUGUGAAGACAAUGAAGCGAGUUCUCUUUGCGGAAGCUAGGAGUUAUGACUCGAGCAGGCAUCACUACCUCUUGAUCUUUGUAGCUUUAGCACAGUUUCCUCUUUUGAUCUGGCUUGGUAACAUUAGUGUCAAUUGGCUCUUUUGAAAUGCACUACGUUUAAGAUGUUGUGAAAAAGAAAAACACCUCUGAUGUUAUGUUAGCAGAAUUUAAGUUUUUAUUUAUUUCUGGGUUUAGACUUUUGUCAAACAUAAAUAUAUGAUGAAAGAAAAGUGUUACCUCAAGUA